UUAUGGCAUAAGCGGCCCUCAAAGGUCUACCAAACUCGGCCAACAUUCACUUCAACAUUUCUGAUAUUCACUUGCCCAUGUCUUCUGGUUACAUGAUUUAAGAUGCCCCAGCCCCGGGAUGCUGGAGACAGCGGAAUCCGCAUCCGCCGCGAGACUAUUAUCACCAUCGACGGGGAGAACUCUAGCCUCGGUCCUGAAGAGUCCACGAGAACAACAAUCAAGUCUGGAGCCAUGGACACUCACUUGCAGCAACAGUACGGCCGCCCCAAGGCAUUCCGCAAGCUGUCCAACGCUUCGAGUAUCAUCAGUGAUAUCUUUCGCCACCCAGACACGACGGAGGAUCUCCUUCGUUGGAAGAUUAAGAGGGCGAACGAUCGGGAUGCCUCAAGGGAGCUCAUUGACUUUCUCCGCAAUACUCCGCCGCCACUGAACAACUUCAUGUCAAUUCCCGACACGUAUGGACGGAAGCCCGAGCCGAAAAGGAAGAGACACCCGUUUUUCUGGGCUCUGCGCAAGAAGCUUGGAAUGGCAAGAGCCGAGUGCAACGCCGCAGCGAGCCCGGGCCUGAUUCGGUUGCCGGACUCGGCGGUAGCGGGCCGCACGAUAGGGGGCCAUCGUCACAUUGCUAUUUCCAUCCCCAUCGAACAUGCACACCUGUCACCGGUGCUUCGACCGAUCGAAUACAAUUGGACCCGUCCAUCAUCGCCCACCGUCGAAACACAGGGGCUUGCUAGACUGAAUCUAGACCGCAGCGUUGUGUCGGUUUUGGAGCCCGUUGACGAGAAUCGCGAGUCCAUUGAGAGUCAGAGUGGGACGGGGACGCCAGUGAUACCUCCCAUCAGCCAGGACAUGUUUUCGUUAUUACUCGACCCAGGCGAGUCUCUGGAGAGCCCAGCUACCGAUCUUACGGUUCCAUCCACAGAAGAAAUGCCAAGGGAACUCAACCCUUUGCACUCUCGGACGGCAGACGCCUCGACUUUGUCUCCAACCUAUAUUCAAUGACAGGUCGUUCGCCUAUCAAUAUACUUCCACGGCACUCGAGUCUUGACUA